CCCUUGGACGUUCUAUCAUCAAAACUCAAAAUGAGCCAUACCUCUACCCUCCUCCUUACUCCAUUCUCCACUAUUUCUUCCAUUUCUGCACCCAACACUCCUCCUUUCCAUUUCAAGAUUCCGACUACCACAAGAAAAUCAUCCAAGAUAAGCUGCUCUGGCCACGACAAUUCUCAAAAUCAACAGCAACAACUCAAUCUCUCUGUUCUUCGCUUCACUUUAGGGAUCCCUGGACUCGAUGAAUCCUAUUUACCCAGAUGGAUUGGCUAUGCUUUUGGGUCUCUUCUCGUUUUGAAUCAUUUUGUAGGUUCAAAUUCCACCACCAUCACGGCGGCACAGCUAAGAACAGAGGUUCUGGGUCUUUCUUUGACAGCAUUCUCUGUCGUCCUUCCCUAUAUUGGGCAGUUUCUUAAGGGUGCUACACCAGUGCUUCAAGCAAGCAUCCCUGAAGGCGCUGAGCAAAUCUUUGCCAUGUCUCCAAAUAUAUCUGAUACUGUUAAGGAGGAUUUGGCCUGGGGAUCUUACACUCUAUUGCGUAACACAAAUAGCAUUUCUGUGCUUAUAUCCAUCCAAGAUGUAUUGUGUGUACGUGGCUAUUGGAACAUGCCCAAAAGCAUCGAUCUAUCAAAAGAACAAGCAGUUGAUUGGUUUAAGGAAAAGAUGCAACGGGUUGGCCUCUUUAAUUUGACAGAGACCCUUUAUUUUCCUCAGAGAACAGAUUCUGAGCUGUGGGGGAUACUUCCUGAGGGGACACGCUCGCUGUUGGUUUUACCCGUGCUUAACACUCCAGAUGAAGACAGGAUCUCUGAGGACAGAAUUUCAGGGUUUGUGUUGUUGGCAUCAAGCAUCAGUUAUGCAUAUAGCAACAAAGACAGAUCCUGGAUAGCAGCCAUUGCUAUAAAAUUCCAAGGAACCAUCAUCAGUCAUAAAACCUGAAACUUGAAUGGUGGUGGUGUGGUUUCUACAACUUAAUUCUCCAGAUGCUGCAAGUGAUGAAAAAUGUGAUGAACUCUUGAAGAAAUUUAGGAGACAGGAUUACCCCAAGGCACACAAAAUCUCCUGAUGGCAAGGAUAAGGCCUGGUAUAUACACACACAGACAUGUAUAUAUAUAUACACACACACACACAUAUACAUGUAUAUGUAUGUGUACGUAUAGUAAUAGUAUGCAUAUAUGUGUGACAGUAAAAGGAUUUGAAAGGUGAUUCCUUUAAAA